GAGACAGGAUUAGGCUCCAGGCUCCCUGGUCCCACCACGUCCACUCCUGAGUCUCCCCAGCGAGCUGCUGGCACCAUGAGCACCUGCAGCUUGGGUUGAUGCACUGGUGGCGGCUUCCAGCGGUAGCAGCAGGUCUCUCAUUUGCAUAGUGGAACAUUAAUUUUAUGUGAGAGCUACACAAUGCUGCAGGGUAUAAGUUCUGAUGAUCAUUUCUAGCAAGGGUGUGGAUUUGUGCCGUCAAAGGGUAAAAGUUGUUUCAAGCAUUGUCAAAUAAUGAGUCAGCUCUGAUUAAUGUUUGACUGUGGAGGCGGCAGGCACUAGGACCUCCAGGACGUUACAUCUGCAGCCCUAACCAGAAGAGAAAUCAGGAAAUAACGCAGUGUCUGUUUCUGGGACUAUGCCCUUGAAAAUAAAGCUUUGCUGCUCCAUGUGAAAGGGAGUUUAUUCUUCAGGAAUUUGGGAAUUUGAGUCCAGACUUAGCUGCGAGCAGCUCCAAGGCAUCGCUGCCACCAAGGCCCUGCAUGGACGUGGCUGGGAGGUGACAUCGGGAGAGGACGGGGAGUCCCUGAUGCACUGACGGCCGAGCAUGUCUGGGGUGAGCGGGGCUGCCAGCUGCAGGGGCUGGCUCCUGACCGCGGGGGCCUUUGGGCACGGCCCGAUGCCUCCACUUCCCCCAGGGGCAUCAGCAGCACCGUCCCCUCCUGCACUGGCAUAGGGGUGCCAACAUCAGGGUGUCCCAUCCCACCAGGACCACAGCGGGGUGCAGGGGGGGUCCGUGCCCCGUGUCCCUUGUCCCUGGUACCAUGUCCUAUUUCAACGGUGCAGUCGUUCUGGCCAGGGACCGGGGGGUCCACAGGGCUGGCCCUGAUGUCCGUGGGAGGUGGAGGGGGACGGGCCUAGCCUAGCCCUGCCCUCGCUGCCCUUGCUGAUGCUGCUUCCUCCCCUGCAGAAACACUGGCCCCCAGGGACGCAGUGCGUCACCAAGCAUGACCAUAACAAGCCCAAGGCCGGUGAGCUGGCCUUCCACAAGGGAGAUGUGGUCACCAUCAUCGAGGCCGUGGAGGGCAAGGGCUGGUACCGCGCCAGGCACAACGAGAGCGGGCAGGAGGGGCUGCUGGCGGGCAGCGUGCUGCGGGAGCGCGGCGCCAUCCGCGCUGACCCCAAGCUCAGCCUUAUGCCCUGGUUCCACGGGAAGAUCUCAGGGGUGGAGGCAGUGCAGGAGCUGCAGCCUGCCGAGGACGGGCUCUUCCUGGUGCGCGAGUCCGUCCGGCACCCCGGCGACUAUGUGCUGUGCGUGAGCUUUGGCAAGGAGGUGAUCCACUACCGCGUGGUGCACGAGGAGAACAUGCUGAGUAUCGACAGCCAGCACCGCUUCUACAAUCUCAUCGACAUGAUCGAGCACUACACGAAGGAGCAGGGAGCCAUCUGCACCAAGCUGGUGAAGCCCAAACCAAAGACCGGGAUGAAGUCAGCCGAGGAGGAGUUGGCCAAAGCCGGCUGGUUGCUGAAACUGCAGCACCUCACGCUGGGAGACCGCAUCGGGCAAGGCGAGUUCGGAGAUGUCCUGCAGGGUGAGUACAUGGGGCAGAAGGUGGCUGUGAAGAACAUCAAGUGUGAUGUGACUGCCCAGGCCUUCCUCGAUGAAACUGCUGCCAUGACGAAGGUCCGGCACAAAAACCUGGUGCGUUUGCUUGGCGUCAUCCUGCACAACGGCCUCUACAUCGUCAUGGAGUUCAUGAGCAAGGGCAACCUGGUGAACUUCUUGCGCACGCGGGGCCGCGCGCAAGUCCCUACCCAGCAGCUCCUCCAGUUCGUUCUGGAUGUGGCCCAAGGCAUGGACUACCUGGAGUCCAAGAAGCUGGUGCACAGGGACCUGGCUGCCCGCAACAUCCUCAUCUCCGAGGAGCAUGUGGCCAAAGUGAGUGAUUUCGGCUUAGCCCGGGUCAAUCCCAAGGGCGCGGACACCACGGUGCUGCCCGUGAAGUGGACGGCUCCCGAGGCCCUGAAGCACAAUAAAUUCUCUUCCAAGUCGGACGUGUGGAGCUACGGGAUCCUCCUGUGGGAAGUGUUCUCCUUCGGCCGAGCACCCUACCCCAAGCUGAGCCUGAAGGAGGUGACAGAGCUGCUGGAGGAGGGGUACCGCAUGGACCCCCCUGAGGGCUGCCCACCUGCCAUCUACGCACUGAUGAAGAGCUGCUGGGAGAUGGAGCCGGGCAAGCGGCCAUCCUUCAAGAAACUCACAGAGAAGCUACAGAAGGAGCUGAAGCACCUAAGGGACGUUUAACCUGCGUCCUGAUCCCAGAACCCAUGGCUGGAAGCCCCCCAGACCCACCGGGAUAGGGAGCAGCAUGGAAAUGAGUGGCCAGGCAACCUGCGUGCUGCUUUCUCCCAGAGCAGAUGGGGCAAUGGUUUGGCAGUGUGCCCUCCUCCUCUGGGGUGGCCGAAGAGGAUGCAACAACCUUCCACCAUCCCUGUACGGGUCUGUCACCCAGCCACACUUGGGGCCACCUGGAGCGGCGGCAGGGACCCCGACCCACCAGGCUGCAGAGAGCAGCCCCGCAGGGGUGCUGUGCCCAUGGCCCCCUGUGGGGUCCCUUUGACCCGCCCCCCCCCCCCCCCCAGGUGACAGGUGACAGGGGACAGGACAGGACAUCCCAGCCUGCUGGAAAAUGAAACCCCAACCCUGGCAGAGCCCUGCGCUGGCACAAAAUGGAGGCCCAAACACAGCCAGCUCAACUGCCUUAAUUAUUAUUAUUUUUUGAUUAAACCAAAGAAAUUAGUUCAACA